AUGUCAGAGGAACUUUAAGAUAUACAGAAGAUGGCUACAGAAGCUGAGAUCAGAGAGAUUAUAGAGAGAGGAAUCUAUAUCCUUCUCAAUUUUACAGCUACUUAUCUAACAUAUAGAUCACUGGAAUUCCUUCCUAGCCUAUAAGAUCUUUAUUCUAUUGGAGGAGAUGAUGGUUCUCUUUUCACUGGUAAUAAGUAACAACAAUAGAAGAAACUUAAUGUGGACGUUUCAACUAAGAAUUCUGGUGAUAAAAAAGUUGCAGGUAUUAUUGACUUCGGCAUUUUCACAGUGAUAAAAUACACAUUUUACUUUGUUCACGUCUUUGGAGUUUACGCCUCAAUAGUAAUGAACGUUCUUUCAGGUUCUGCUCUAAUUAUGAAUCCCAAUCAAUUUCUAGGAACUCCAGCUGAGUAUAGUAUCAGAUGGUUUAUGGAAAAAUAUACUACAUGGUCCUAAAUCGGUCUUCUUGGAUUAGUAGCUCUAACUCUGGCAUCAUUAGUACUUGGUCUCAUCCUUUCAAACGGGACCUAUGCUUUGAUUGGUUUUGGUCUUGGAGGAGUUGGAGUCGCAGAGCAGGUAGUUUUCUAAUCUCCAAUUUGGAUCUCAACUGGUUUUCUUAAGAGAUUAGCAUGA